CUUUCACUAAUAAUUUGGUUUUUGUUUUUCUAGCUAAAUAUAGAUCGUUGGUUUUAAAUUCACUGUAUGGUCCCUUUCAUUUAUCGCAUUCCCCAAUUCACAGAUGUCUGCAGAUUUUGAUGGCGCUUCCUACCCAUCUCUCGCUUCCUUCCUCCACUCUUUUCGCUCCAAAAUUCCAUCCCUUCUCACCCUCUCCGUCUUCUUUCCCUUUCUUCUCCAAACCGUGCUCCAAAUCUCUCAAUCUUCGCCUUCGUGCUGAUGUCCUCUCUUCCACUUUGACUGCUAUGGAAGUCGGUGAAAAUUUACCACUUAAUUAUGGUGACUGGCUUCCCCAGCCAGAUCCGAACCAGCGCCGAAGAGCUGGAAUUUUGCUCCAUCCCACUUCCUUUCGUGGACCUUAUGGCAUCGGGGAUCUUGGCGAACAAGCUUUUCAUUUCAUUGAGUGGCUACAUUUAGCUGGUUGCUCCGUUUGGCAGGUGCUUCCCCUUGUUCCUCCUGAUGGUGAAGGAUCGCCAUAUGCAGGCCAGGAUGCCAACUGCGGUAGCACUAUCUUGAUUUCACUUGAGGAGCUUGUUAAAGAUGGUUUGCUAACAAAGAAAGAGCUUCCACAACCAAUUGAUUGUGACCGUGUGAACUAUUCUAUUGUUGCUAAGCUAAAGGAUCCUCUGAUAACUAAGGCCGCAGAAAGGCUACUCUCAGCUGAUGGAGAACUUAAAACUCAACUUGAGGCUUUCCGUAGAGAUCCUACCAUAUCGUGUUGGCUCGAAGAUGCAGCUUAUUUUGCUGCCAUCGAUGACCAUUUAAAAGCAUUCAGUUGGUAUGAUUGGCCUGAACCUUUGAAAAAUCGCCAUCUUGCAGCCUUAGAAAGGAUAUAUGAGGAAAAGAAGGAUUUUAUAGACUUGUUUAUUGCUAAACAAUUCCUGUUCCAAAGGCAGUGGCAAAAUAUUCACAGCUACGCACAGGCAAAAGGAAUCAGCAUAAUGGGAGACAUGCCUAUUUAUGUAGGUUAUCACAGUGCUGAUGUUUGGGCAAAUAAGAAACAUUUUCUGCUGAAUAGGCAUGGCUAUCCAUUGCUAGUCAGCGGUGUUCCACCUGAUGCCUUCAGUGAGACUGGUCAGCUGUGGGGGAGCCCUCUAUAUGAUUGGAAGGCCAUGGAGAAGGAUGGAUUUUUAUGGUGGAUACGUCGCAUUAGACGUGCACAGAAUCUAUAUGAUGAAUUCAGGAUUGACCACUUUAGAGGAUUUGCUGGCUUUUGGGCCGUCCCUUCUGAAGCAAAAGUUGCUAUGGUUGGACGAUGGAAGGUCGGUCCUCAAAAAUCGUUAUUUGAUGCUAUCUACAGAGCAGUUGGAACCAUCAAUAUCGUAGCUGAAGAUCUGGGAGUUAUAACCGAGGAUGUGGUUCAGCUUAGGAAAUAUAUUGGAGCCCCUGGAAUGGCUGUUCUCCAGUUUGGUUUUGGUAGUGACUCUAGAAACCCUCAUUUACCUCACAAUCAUGAGCCAAAUCAAGUUGUGUACACGGGAACACAUGACAAUGACACGAUCCAAGGUUGGUGGAGCAAUUUGAUGGAACAAGAGAGGUCCAAUGUAUUGAAAUAUCUUCGUAUCACUGAAAAAGAUGAGAUCUCAUGGGCACUCAUCCAAGCUGCAGUUGCUUCAAUAGCUCAAACAGCUGUCAUAACCAUGCAGGAUGUUCUCGGGUUAGACGGGUCUUCCAGGAUGAACAUUCCUGCAACACAGCAAGGAAACUGGGGUUGGAGAAUACCUAAGUCCAUGAGUUUUGAUUCCUUGGAAACCGAAGCCUUAAGGUUAAGGUAUAUGCUUUCCAUGUAUGGGCGAAUGUAGUUCCGGAAAGCUUCAUAUAUUUCUUUUCCUCAAUAAUUACACAUGAUUUUAGAUUUGGCCACCCCUUAUCAUGUGUCGAAAAACACUCUGUAGCUUUGAAUAAGUUUUUCUUAUGAUCAAUGCUUAAGAGUAAAAUAUUAUUUAUAAACUAAUAAAAGACUUGAUGCCCUUUCAUUUC